UAAAAAACAGGCAAUUCGCGACGGACAUUAGCGACGGAAUGCAUUUCCGUCGCUAUAUGACUCUUUUAGCGACGGACUUAGCGACGGAUAUAGCAUCCGUCGCUGAUAGAUAAUAGCGACGGAUUAUCCGUCGCUAGUCCGUCACCAAAUUGGCGGGACCUUGGCGGGAAGCCCUGGCGCCUAUUUUUCCCUUCCAAUUUUAGCGACGGAGAGUCAAUUCCGUCGCUAACCUUUGCAGUGGUCAAAACGCAGCGUUCUGACAAAGAAAUUAGCGACGGAUUGUAACUAUCCGUCGCUAAUUUAUUACCAGAACGCUGCGUUUCAUUUAGGUUAAUAAUUAGCGACGGAUAGUUACAAUCCGUCGCUAAUUAUUAACCUAAAUGAAACGCACAGGUUUCUUCUUCUGCUCUCAUCAGCAGUUUGAAAGAAAAAAAAACCUCCGGCCUCCGUUUUUCAUCUCAUUUCCGGCGAUUCUCUCAUUUUCCUCCAUUUUCGGCGAAUCCUCUCAUUUUCCGGCAUCCCCAUCUUCAUCACCGGCGGUUCCUCCCUUUUUGUGGCGUUUUUCAUCUUCUCCUCUGCUCAACAGCCGCUGCCACCACCUGCCGUCGCCUGCCACCACCUGCCGUCGCCUGCCACCACCUGCCGCCGCCUGCCACCGGCCAGUCACAAUAGCGGCCCGAGAUUCCUUAUUGUUCCUUUGUAUCUGUUGCGGUUCUGCUCUACAACAAGUAAGUACCGUUAUUUUUUUUUAUUUUCAUUUAUUAUUAGUUAAUUUAUAAACUGUUUAAAAUGACCUCGAUUUUAUUCCCACCGAAUAAAAUCGUAAACCUAGCCGUAGAUUUCCCGUCCCGUGUGUUCAAGCAAUUGAACGACACGGGAUUGUACAGUUUGUACAGUUUGUAAAACUGGUCCUCCCGUAGCUCGGUCACGAAAUUAUAUAUGUCUAGUAGCGGUAGAAAAAUAUUCGGUUGUUUUCCAGCGUUUGUUCUCCGGGUGGAUGUAUAGUAUAUGUUUUGUAACGCUUAUUCCUCGCGGAAUAUAUAAUUAGCGUUACACCACAUAUACUAAAUAUCGCACUGAAGGAGAACGACGCCGGAAGGCUGCCGAAUAUUUUCUCCGUUGCUAGGCAUAUAUCGUGGCCGAGUUAAGGGGCGCUAGUUUUGCGAAUGGGAUAGGUCCAUACCUUUAAUGCAGUCAAUUACAUUGACUUUGCUAUUUCCGAGCGAGAACUCCUCCUAAUUAUCCGUGCUACAGUAAUGGAUACAGACCGAAGUUGGAUGUAUAAGCGGCUGCGCGGCGGGUUGCUAUACCCAGGUUUUGACGAGCGCGUGCAGGAAUUUGUUAAUUUUGCUUUACGUCAUCCCGCGUGUAUGAGUGGGUCCGAUAUUAAAUGCCCAUGUCCUAGGGCAAGAUGUAAAAAUACGAGUUAUCGAGACGUCGAAACAGUGAAGCUGCACAUUCUGCAGAAAGGGUUUGUGGCAGAUUAUAAAGUCUGGGUUUUUCAUGGGGAGGGAAAUGUUUUAGAUCCUCGUCCCGUUGCACAGAUGCCGGAGGAUGACGUUGACAUGGAAAAUGAGGAGGAAGACGAUUUCAGCUAUGUUCAGAGAAUGGUUAUCGAUGCUGCUGGUCCAGAAGUAGUGUUCACGGAGGAGGAACCGAAUAAUGAAGCUAAACAUUUUUAUAAUAUGAUGCGUGCAGCUGAAGAACCUGUAUACCCCGGUAGUAGCAAACACUCUCCUUUGUCUGCGGCUGUUAAAAUGUUGGACAUCAAAUGUCGACAUAGUGGGUCAGUGGCUUUAGUAGAUGAUGUGACCGAAUUUAUACAAGAGCUGCUUCCAGAGGACAACAAGAUGCCGAAGAACUUUGCCGAAAUAAAGAAGAUGGUUAGAGGUCUUGGGUUGCCGGUUGAAGUUAUCGAUUGCUGUUUACGCAACUGUAUGAUUUAUUGGGGGUCAGACGCGGAUUUAACGCGAUGCAAAAUUUGCGAUCACGAACGGUGGAAACCGGCCCCUAACGGAAAUUCUGCGAAAAGACGAGUUAACGUCCCAUAUAGGAAAAUGUUUUAUUUUCCUAUAACUCCGAGAUUGCAGAGGUUGUACGCUUCUAAAGCCACUGCCAAGCAUAUGACGUGGCACGCUGAACACGAAAUGGUUGAUGGAAAGAUGUGUCACCCGUCAGAUUCCCCGGCGUGGAAACAUUUUAGUGAAUUGCAUACAGAGUUUGCGGAAGAAAUUCGAAAUAUCAGACUAGGCCUGUGUACUGAUGGGUUUCAACCAUUUGGGGCCUUCGGGCAGAAUUAUUCAUCAUGGCCAGUAAUUUUGACACCUUACAAUCUCCCUCCAGGAAUGUGUAUGAAAGAUGAGUUCAUGUUUUUAACUGUUAUUGUCCCUGGGCCUCGAAAUCCUAAACAUCAAAUGGAUAUUUUCCUGCAGCCGUUGAUAGCUGAGCUAAACCAACUUUGGGAAUUUGGAGUCCAGACAUUCGACGUUCAUAGGCGACAAAAUUUUCAAAUGAAAGCGGCACUGAUGUGGACAAUUAAUGAUUUUCCCGCUUAUUCAAUGUUGGCUGGCUGGAGCACAUCUGGGAGACUGGCUUGCCCUCACUGCAUGGAAAAUACAGAUGCUUUCACGCUGAAAGGGAGUAGAAAACAGUCGUGGUUUGACUGCCACAGAAAGUUCUUGCCUCGUGGUCACCCGUACCGUCGUAACACAACUCAAUUCCGUAAAGGGAAAACCGUAAACAAAGAAUUCGGACACCCGAAAACCGGAGAAGAAUUGUUGGCAGAGGUGGACAGUCUGGGGUUUAUGAAGGCAUAUGAAUUUGGGGCUGAGAAAAAUAAUGCUGCGAAGUCGGAAAAUUAUGGUUGGAAUAAAAAAAGUAUUUUCUGGGAUUUGCCGUAUUGGAAAACAAAUCUCAUUCGUCACAAUCUCGAUGUCAUGCACAUUGAGAAAAACGUAUUCGACAACAUUUUCAAUACGGUACUAAAUGUUCCCGGGAAAACGAAAGACCAUGCAAAAUCUAGAGAGGAGUUGAAUGACAUAUGUGAUCGGCCUGAGUUAGCUAAAGAUCCGGUUACUGGGAGAUUUCCUAAGGCGAUGUAUGCUUUGGACAGGGACGGGAAAAAAGCUUUACUUGAGUGGAUUAAGUUAAUAAGGUUUCCAGAUGGCUACGCGUCCAACUUGUCCAGAUGUGUCGAUACAAUCGGUCUGAAAAUGCAUGGAAUGAAAAGUCACGACUGCCACAUUUUUAUGCAAAGACUUCUGCCAAUCGCUCUCCGUGAGCUAUUACCGAAGGAAGUCUGGGAGCCUUUAACAGAGCUGAGUAUCUUCUUUCGUGAGUUAACCUCCACGUCUCUAACAGAGAUAGAUCUAGAUCGUAUGAGGCUGGAAAUCCCAAAGAUACUGUGCAAGCUGGAACGUAUUUUUCCGCCCAGCUUUUUUGACUCCAUGGAACAUCUACCCGUACAUCUGCCGUACGAAGCUAUGAUGGCAGGUCCGGUUCAGUAUCGCUGGAUGUAUCCAUUUGAAAGAUAUUUGAGAAAGCUGAAAAAAAAAGUCAGCAAUAAAGGGAGGGUGGAAGGAAGCAUCAGUAGCGGAUACUUGAAUGAAGAAACCGCAAAAUUUGCAGCUUAUUACUUUUCAGAAGGUGACCCAAUGAUACCUGAGCGGCCGCAAAGGAAUGAAGUUUAUGACAUUGAAGUCGAUGACGAUGUGGACAGACUAUCUAUUUUCAAGCCGCACGGGCAAUCAGUGGGUGCUUGCCGCAAGAGAUAUCUUGAAGAUUCUGAGAUUGUUGCUGCUCGGACAUAUGUUCUGUUGAAUUGUUCAGAAAUUGAAAAUUACAGAGAGGUUUUCGAAGGCGAGUUGCGCAGAGAAAACCCUGAAAUCACCAUCUCUCAAAUUGAAGCGAAGUUCGAGAGUCAAUUUGCCUACUGGUUUCAACAAUACGUGCAAGAUCCAACUGUUUGUACUAAUCCCUUUAUUCUUAGUCUCGCUAAAGGACCUCUUAGAUCAGUAAGAACAUUUAAGGGGUACCGUGUAAACGGAUUUAAGUUUCAGACUCAAGCUUAUGGGGAGGAACAGCUUACUAUGAAUAGUGGAGUCUGCGUGAAGGGAACUCAAUAUGUCGACAGCGAAAAUGACUUUUAUGGAGUUCUGACAGACAUAAUUGAGCUGGAGUAUCCGGCUCUUCCAAUGAAGACGACUGUCUUAUUUAAAUGCGAGUGGUUCGACCCAGCACGAAAUUCUGGCACAAUUAGUAACAAAAAAUACAACAUGGUGGAUAUUAAUAACAGAAGGAGAUACAAUAAGUAUGAACCAUUCAUCUUAGCCGAACAGGCCGACCAGGUUCAUUACCUGCCAUAUCCUAGUAAAAGAAGGGAUAAAUUAAAUUGGUGGGCAGUUUGCAGGACAAAGGCAAGAUCUGAACUUGACAUGCCCGAGGGGAUUAUCCCGGCUUUUCAAGACGUGAUAGAAGAAAAUCCUCUCAUUGUUGCAACGGACGACAAUUCGACAUAUUUAGCUGAUGACAACGGAGAAGCUGAAGAAGAUGCGUUGUUCGUGCCUCCUGAUGAAACAGAAUCUGACUUUAUCGCAUCCUCAUCAGAUGAAGAUGAAAUUGAAGAACUUUAGUAGCUUAGAGUAUUUUAUGUAUUAGCAUGUUUCUUAAUUAUAAUUAUGUUUUAUAAUUAUUUAUUCAAGUGUACUAUUUUAAAUUGAAUUCAUAUUUCUUAGUUAUAUGUU